AUGAAUCUAGGUGAUCCUGAGUUAGAAUUGAUAGAUCCAACACCAAAUGUGCACGCAAUGUUCAUUCAUUUCGAUAAAUUAUUUUUCUGGGAAAAAUUAGCCAGUAGGGCUAUUGUAAGAUGGAGCAAAAGGAUGUAUUCUUGCGCUGGAACAUGCUCAUAUGAACUGAGAAGUGGAUUUGUAGAUAUAGCCCUUAGCGAGCCCUUACUAAAGCUGCGUCCUCGGAAAGAUGUAGUGGAGACUCUACUUCACGAGAUGAUACACGCAUAUCUCUUUGUUACAUGCCGAGAUCAAGAUAGAGAUGGCCAUGGUCCGAAUUUCAAGGAACAUAUGUUUAGAAUCAACAAGAUAUCUGGGUUGAAUAUUACCAUUUAUCAUGAUUUUCAUGAUGAGGUAAAAUUGUAUCAAACGCAUUGGUGGCGAUGUAAUGGAGUUUGUCAAACAAGAAGGCCUCGUUUUGGCAUUGUUCGUCGAUCUUCAAACCGGGCACCAGGCCCCAGAGAUUUUUGGUGGGAAGACCAUAGAAGGCAAUGUGGAGGCACUUUUGUUAAAAUCAACGAACCUAGUAAAAAAGCAAAGAAAUCCACAAAGUCCACCACAAAGACCAAUGCAGAUAUCACAAAGUAUAUCACCACUAACAAUAAAACAAAUAACAAUAAUAUCACUAAACCUGUAUUAAAAGAUUCUAACAGUACUACUGUUAAGACCAAGCCUAAAUCUAGUAACACAUUAGUGAUUCCCAAAAGGGAACCUGUGUUCAACCCACAAUGUAAGAAACCUCCAGUUUUGUUUGAAGGCAAAGGACAUAUGGUUGCUGGCGUAGAAAGAAGAAUAAACUCAUCUAAUGUUGUCGAAGAAGUUAGAAAUGUUUGGAGUAAAAAACAGUUCGAUGUUACUUGUACACCUGAUAAAAAGGACCAAGUUGCGGAAACUGUUAGAAGUGUCUGGGCUAAAAAACAAUUGCCAGUAGCAUUGCCAGAGGCAUUGCCACUUGAUGAAAACGUCGACGUUAAUAAAGGCAAACAAUUAAUUAACAAAAUAAUAAACACUCCAAUUAAGAGCCCUCUUUAUAUAUCAGUUCAAACUUACCACACAGCUAAUUGCAUAAUGAAAUCGCCUCCAGCAAAAAUGAAAAAAAUUGAUGAUUACUUUAAAGCCACGUCUGUUUUGAAAGAUUUAUAUGGAAGCAAUUUUAAGAUAUCUGAACGCACUGGUGAUAGUCAGAAGCUCAUAGCUGUAAGUAAUGAGUCAAAAACUCGGGCUACAGAUACAAAUGUAGCAGAUGAUAAGAAUGCGGUGGAUAUUAUUAAAUCCGUAAACUGUCCUAUAUGUAAUGCACUAGUUAGCAGUCAAGAAAUAAAUAGACAUUUAGAUGAAUGUUUGAAUAAAGGGAUUAUAGAAAACAUUUGUAAUGAAACAAACCAAGAAUUUGCUGGUGGUGAAGCUUCCAUAUCAACUGCGCAAAGCGAUAAGCCAUUUAGUCUGAAUGAGGAGAAAGAAGCUGGGAACCGGCCAUUUAUACCAGUAUUUCAAACAAAGAAAGAACUUUAUAAUGGAAUACAGGACGUCAAACCUGAACUCACAUUUCACAAUGUAGGGGAUGCAACAUCGUUAGACGAUGUAGAAAACGAAUUCCAAAAGCCUUUCAUUGGUGUUGAACCUGGUGCUAGUAAAGGUAAUAUAAUUAUAACUAAAUGUGCGUGCUGUGGUGAAAUAAUAGAAAAACCACUUGCACAGCAUUUGGACGAAUGUUUGGCGUUUUUCGAGAAUAAUAUAACUAUACCCGAAGAAGGAGCAUCUACUAGUUCUGUAAUUGAGACUAUUGUAAUUGAUGAUGAUGUUUUCGAUGAAUCGUUAACUUUGAAUGCGACAGGUACCAAAGUGCCAUGUCCUUGUUGCCUUGAAAUGGUGGAAGAGGCUGAAAUGAAUGAACAUCUAGAUAUGUGCCUAAGUUAGUGGCUUCACCAUAGACUUAGAAUAUACUAGAGCGUAAAAUAGAUUAAACAGACUGAAAGCUGAUUUUGAGUUUCUUCCACAGUCGUAAGGGGUAAACAUGUGAUCAUCAUAUCAAAAUCGGUAUACAUGGGCGUUGCUACGUUGCUAUGUACAUGUUCGUCUAUACGCUAGUAUAUUCUAAAUCUAUGGUAUGUGUAACUAUGAUUCUAAUUUAUGAUCAGGUUUACUUUAAGUGAAAAUAUUCUAAGUCAUCAUGUAUUGGAAGAUAAAGUAUA